GUGUGGCUUCAUAUUCGCAGGGAGACUCGCAGAUCUGUGACAUUCACUGUUCUCAUGCCUGUGUGAACAGUUUAAAUAUCGAAAAUGAACAUUAUACAGUCGUCCUUUUCUCGACUGCGUGUGGUAUCUCUUUUCACCAGUUCACCUGCAGGGAACCUUGCAGUAACUGGCGUCUCUCACAUUAGAUUAUUCAGCAACUUGAUCGUGCCCAGAGCAGCUUCCGGGCCUCAAGUUUCCAGAUGUGGGCCUCUGUCUUCACAAGCCGAGGGUUCAGGAGUAUUCCAACAGCUUCCGUGGCAAUACCAGCAGGUACGGACACGGAAAAGAGGCAAUGAGUAUCAGCCCAAGAACAUCAAACGCAAGAGGACCCACGGCUGGAUCAAGAGGCUCAGCUCACAAGGGGGCAUCGAGGUGAUUCUACGACGCAUGUUUAAGGGACGCAAAUCCCUCUCACACUGAAGAUUCCUGUUUGAAAACUGCAAGACUUUAAGGAAACUUACAUUGAUUUCAAAAUGCUGGCAGUGUUCUACAAAGAACACUUGUAUUGGAUUCAGUGAAGAAACUUCUGGGUGAGAGGAUGAAAACUGGCUUUCGACAAAAAGAAAAAAAACUGCUGCAGACAAUGGAAAAAUGAAGCCUGGUGGUUUCACCCAGUGUUUUUGAUCCGUAUCAUUUUG